AUGGCACAGCCUCGACGAAGUUCUAUGGGGCCUUUUCCAGUUCCCAGACCGACAAACCCUGGAGACGGGAAUCAAGUGGAUGCUAAUGCAAAGGCUCGUCAAGUACGUUGGAGUGACGAAAUGGAUGGUUUACUGAUCAAUUCACUUGUUGAACAAGUGUUGUCUGGGCACAAACGAACUGACAACGGCUUCACGUCAUUCCAAGUGGCUAAGGCGAUCGAAAGGGUUUCCAAUGGAUGCGGGGUUGCUGUCUCGGAUAAGAAUGUGAGGGCAAGGUUGAAGACUCUUAAAAAGGAGCACACUGAAGUGCGACAGUUGCUGAAUAUGAGCGGAUUUGGGUUGGACCCCGAAACAGGACGCAUUGUGGCAGAUCAAGUUGCUUGGGAUGAAUUUAUUAAGGGAAAGCCGGAAUUUGGGAAGUGGAGGACCAAACUUUGUCCCAGAUAUGAUGAGAUGGAGACCAUAUUUGGGAAUGAUGCAGCCACUGGAGAUCGCGCAGUGUCCGGUUUCGACGAUUUCUCCCCAAUGAAUGGUAUGUAA